AUGAAGCCCCUGCAGUUCAAAAUGAAUUGGGAAGAUGCAAUAAGCUCAACCAACCAGCCAUACCCGAUACUCCUUUCUAGAUUCAUCCCGGAAGACUACAUCCAAUGUUUAGCCGAGUUCCGGCCCCAGUUCCUGUUCGUGGUACCGUCGCUGCUCCUCUUCCUAGCCACCCAUCCGAAGGUGACGCCCGACCUGCUGUCGAGCGUGGAUUCCGUGCUGGUCGGCGCUGCGCCGGCCUCGCUGCAGCUGCAGGAAAAGUUCAAGAACAAAGUGGGCCGCGAUAUCGAUAUCGCGCAAGGGUACGGCAUGACCGAAAGCUCGCCCGUUACGCUCUGCACGCCCCACCGGUACGACCUGUCGAAGGUUGGCACCUGCGGUCAGCUGUAUCCCAACACGGAGGCCAAGAUUGUGUCGCUUGCGGACGGCAGCAAUCUGGGGCCGCACCAGACGGGCGAGCUGUACCUGCGGGGGCCACAGAUUAUGAAGGGCUACUUGAACAACGAGACCGCCACCAGGGAAACGCUGGUCGAGGAUGGCUACCUGCGCACCGGCGACGUUGCGUACUACGAUAAGGAAGGGUUCUUCUUCAUCGUCGACCGGACGAAGGAGCUGAUUAAGGUUAAGGGCAACCAGAGUAGAGCAUUUUUAAUACAAAUAGUGUAG